GACCAAAAACGAGUUCGUGUAUUUUGGAAACUUUUCACAAAAGUAUAAAUAUAGACCGAAUUAAGUAUAAUGAGUUGUAAAAGCUAUUAAUUGCCAGGAUGGUUCAACUUUCACAUUAUUAACCCUCCUCUUACUAUGAUAACUCGAAUGUUUUUCACCCAUGGAAAAUUACUAAAACAAGGCACUUUAUUUCUAGACCAAUUAUUGUCAUCAAUAUUUCCCAGAAAAAAGAUAUAUAAGUAACUGAUUAGUAAAUUGGCAUUUAAUAAAUAAAUAAAUAUUAUAGAACAUUCUUACACAAAAACACCAAGCCCCACAAUAAGGCUUAAGUUGUGGCUAAUUAGACAAGGGGCAAAGUCAAAGUUGUUGUUUAACCGCUCCUGCUAAUAUUGAUACUCGAGCAAGCGAAUCUUGAGCGCUGCGAGGGUUUCAAGGCACGAGAGGUAAACAAACUUUGCCUCCGAGUGAAACACACAUUUUUAACACGAAAAUAAUACUAAUAUAUAGAAGAGUGAAGUUUUUCUAGUGGUACCUUUACCCUUUUCUUACUUAGCUUGUUAUUUGCACAACAAUUCGUGUUACAUCCAUACCAUUAAAAAGGCAAUAUAAAAAAUAUAAAGCUGUAUUUUCACAGACACGGUGAAGUAUAAGUAUAAGCCCCAUAAAAGCGGUCCACAGAAAACUAACUCGUCCACCGUCCACACUUUCUCAAGUGACCCGUGGUACGGGCGCCCGCGCCGCUUAGCAAAAGCUGCCGCGAAGCCUCCGAGAUCCACAUUCGCGAGUGGACUGCGCUCGAGUUCUGACGCCGAACCAUUUUACAUACAUUUUUAUAAUUAAAUAUUCAUUAAACUAGUUUAUAAUGGCGCAGUACUCAUGGAUCAUAUUUUCGGUGAUGCUGACAUGCUGCCUUUUAGAGGUAUCUUCGCGGCCUUCUGACAGCGAGUCAGCAUCUUUGCUGCGAUUCGAUAUACCUGAUGAAGUAACGGAUGACAUCAACGAUGAUGAAGAAUUGCCACGAGAACAAAUCAGAUACCCUGAAAUUGAUAAUAACAAUACGCAAGAGAUUUUAGACAAAAUAAAUGCUAUUAACAAAGGUCUAAUAAAACCCAAUAGGAUGAGAAACAAAAAUUCACAAACGCAUACUCUUGGAGACUACGUGUUGGAUGCAUCCACUCUUGAAAAAAUACAGCAAAUCAUAUCAGAUAGUAAACUAAAUGGCUACUCAGAUGUUCAAAAGAAGCAAGAGAGUAAUCUUGCAAAUCAAAAUAUUAAUCAGAUUCGAUAUGACAAUUCAAGAGCAUUGCAUUAUGGAGUACUCCCAACUGAUUUAUCGGCUGUUAAUCAAGCGCAGGGCACUACGGCACGUGUUCCAUAUAUCACAAGUAUACCUGUCCUCGUUAUGCCUUCACCAUCAAAUGAUUUAUACGAUCGAUAUGCACAAAACAAUUUUAAUACCAUAGAAUCAGACUCUCAAUACCAGACACGACAGAGACCACCAAUUUCACUUCCUUUUAAUAUAAAUUGGCCAUUAGCGCCAUACUUUCCUAUUUUAGUCAAAGAUCCAUUACUUGGGUUUCUUCAUGGCGGUGGAUGGAAUAAUUUCUUUGAAUAUGGCCAAAACGCUGACGUGUGUAACAGAAAGCAAAAAUCGAUAGAAGAUGGAACUGAAGACAUAACUGAAGUCGAAGUAGGAAAUACAAAUGAUAAUGUAAAUUUGUUCGCAUCAGAAACCAAAACUAAUGCUAGAGAAGCGAGGGCGAUCAGAAAAAGGACUGUCUCUACGGAAGCUCCCAAAAUGAAAAUUCCGGAUAGUUCAAAGAAAUUGAAGAAAUUUUUCAGCAAACCUGCUGCGGACACGAUUGCUGCAAAACCUGUCAAACCCGAAACACCUGCUCAAGGCACAAAAACUGUGCCAAAAGACGAUGAUUUGAGAUUUCACAUGGGUUCAUUUUCGUUAUUUGGAGGUCGGCCCUCUGUGCCUGCGUAUAAUCCUGGGUUCUUCAUAAAUAAGCUUAAAGUGAGAAGAGGAGGCGUAGCUAUUGCAGGUCCGGGUGGAGUAGCAACUGCCGGAAAAGGAGGAGCAGCCAUAGUUGGUCCUGGCGGCCUGGCCUACACGCAGCCAGGAGGCCUUGCUGUUGCCGGACCAUCCUCUCGAGUAGUGGCUCUAACCUCUGACGUAGACCUUUCAACUAUCGUAACUCGUCUGCAGCAGCAGCAAGCCGCUACCGACGGAGGAAGAAAAUACUCUGGAUACGACGCGUACAGUGGAUACGACCAACGACCGGAAGAGUAUCAAUUUGAUGGAUUAAACUUUGUGCAAUCGCCGGCUGUUAGAGACAGUACUUUCACUUUGUUUUUGAAACCAGUUGCGCAUGCCGUAAAUGGCCCUAAGGGAAUGGCGGUCGCAAAUCCAGUUUCUCAUGUGAUCAUAGGGUCCGGGCAGAAGGGAAAUGUAGUGUUUAACCCUAGGGCGUCCGCUAUAGUUGGCCCUGGAGGCAUUGCUCAUGCCCAAUCGGAUCUCUACUUGGCAACAGUCCAAUACCUACCAUUUUACGGCGGCGGCAAGGGCCAAUAUCUAGAAGUAAAGACCAACAAUCGAGGAGUCGUUAUCAGCGAAGUCAUAGUAUCCGAGGACAAAAUAAGCAGCGAAAACGUAGUUAAAAACAUCGACGAGAGUCUGUUAUCGAAAGUAUUAGCUAAGAAUCUGCAAAAUCUGCAGUCUCUAUCUAGUGGUUUGAUCAAGCUUCACAAUCUUGGGAGAAAGACUGGUGCUUUGACUAACAGUGACAAGGAAAGGUUUCGGUCCCAGUUGUCAUCGCUGGGAGAGGCUGCCUCAAACACUAUCAAGCUGAUUGAUGAAGUUGGAGCAAAUGUUGACGUUUUGUUCAAAAGCGGAUCGAAGAGGCAGUAUGAAAAUGAUGAGGAGGAUGUCGGUGAAGAGGGCGUUGGUAUCGACUCGCCUGACGAUGACGACAACAUUGGGCUUCCAAUAGCGGGCAUCACUAUUGCCGAAGCUAAACCUGUUGGUCUAGCAGUGAUAGGCGAGCAGGGUCUAGCAGCUUCCCGCCCUCAAGCCACCGCCGUGGCGGUGUCAGGUGUCGCGCUCGCUCGCCCCAUCGCCACCGCCAUCGCGGGUGUCAACCCUGCACAACUGGGCAUUAACUUCCAAGUUAAUAAGGAAAAUAAAGCAUAGGCUUUUAAGUAUUGGUAUAUUUUCGAAGCUGAACCACGUCUUACCUUACAAACGGCACUGUCAGUUGGUGACGUGUACCUAUUUCAUAUUUUUCACACAGUACUGCAGUGGUUACACUUUUUUAGUAAGAAGAACGGCCCGAUUCGAAAAUGAUUAAGACACGUUUAAUAUUUUGAAAAGAUCUUUAAAAGAUCGAUAACUAAACGACAUGUCAAAAUUGACGUUUAUUUUGAUUCCGCUGUGAUCCCAAUAAGAUCUAUCUACGAUAUUUCUAACGUCAAAGUGACAUUGGUUGCCCGAAUCAAGCUGCUUCUGUCAAUUAUACGACAAACAAACGAUAUCUAAAUGAGAACUUAUCUAAACCAAGUUAUCGUUAUCGUAUCUCAUUCUUCGAAUCGGGCCGAGAGUUAGGAUAGUGUCUAAUUUAUGAAAUUGUGAUGGUUAAUUUUUAUGUGUCAUGUGAUUAUGUUUAGUUAGUCUUUCAAAUGUGCAUUUAUAUUUUUUAAUAAAUUAUUACCUUAAAUGUAAAUUAAAUCGCCUUUACUUAUGUAUCUGUUCAAUCUGUGGGCUAUGUAUCAGAUGAUUGCAAUGG